UCGACUACCUCGUCUUGGGCUGAUAAAACUAGGAAUUUAGUUUCAGACAAUAUUAUUACGACUAUGAAAAUAAUACAGCAUUUGCCUUGCUAUAAGUAAGGAAUUAUGUACGUAUUUAACGUAAAUGAUUCAGUAUUAAAGGCAGUCUCUGUCCAAGGCUUGCGAACGUCAGUCUUUUGUGCAACGUUACGGUUUGGGAGUGCGACUGGCUAGUGAGGUUGAUCGCUGUGUAGCUUUAUUUUUCACAAAGUCGACGUCAGAAUAACUUUGCCUGUUGCUAAUAUUAAUAUCGCCAGAUAGUUCUUCAGUGUGUUUACAAGUAGGCCGACAUAUGCGAAAGAAAUACUGCGACGUUUCGGAGUCGACGGGAAAGGCGACUGGAUGAUUACCGUGGUAGCCUGAUAGCUAUCCUGCUGUAGCUAUAUCGCUGCCGAAAGACUUCAUAAAUGAUGACUCGUUUUUGCAAGACGGCGACGAUGUUGCUUUUGUUUACUUUGAUGCUGGUUAUCUCACGAGGAGUCACAGCUGAUGUGGAAGAACUGAACGAUCCACCCGAAUCCAAGUCCCUCCACAGUCGGAGUGCUGAAGAUGAGGAGGUGCCGGGGGGAGUGAGAGUGGUGGCUGGACAGGCAACGUUCCCCAGGGACAGCACGCCUCAGGACGAGCAGCGAGGGGACAGUGACACUUCCGCGGCGACCGAGGGCCGGGCGGGGGAGGAGGACCUGCCCUCGCAGCCUGCCCCCAAACAAGAGAAGCCAAAAGAGGUUCCAGUGGCGAUUGGGGGCACUGCUGCUGGGGAGCCCUGCCUCUUCCCCUUCCGCUUCUUGGGGAAAGAGUACUCGGAGUGCACCACUGAGGGACGAGGGGACGGCAGGCUUUGGUGUGCCACCACAUACGACUACGACCAUGACAAGAAGUGGGGCUUCUGUGAAACGGAGGAACAGGCGGAGCAGAGGCAUCGGGCGGAGGAGGCUGAGGAGCUUUACCAGAAGGCCAUCAAGAUCAUUAACAGCACUGGAAAGAAGAGCCGGAAGAAAGAAGGUUAUGAAAUGCUAAUGAAGGUGGCGGACAUGGGCCACACCAAGGCCAUGGAGAAGGUGGCGUAUGCCAUGCUGUUCGGAGACUACAUGACCCAGAACAUCCCGCAGGCCCGGGAGCUCUUUGAGAGGCUGGUGUUGGAGGGCUCCCCUAAAGCCCAAACGGCCCUGGGGUUCCUUUAUGCAGCGGGGUUAGGAGUGAACUCCAGCCAGGCAAAGGCUUUGGUGUACUAUACCUUUGGAGCGCUGGGAGGAAACCUUGUGGCACACAUGAUCCUGGGGUACAGAUACUGGGGUGGGGUUGGGGUGCCCCAAAGUUGUGAAUCUGCUCUGACUCACUACCGAUUGGUUGCCAACCAUGUGGCCAGCGAUGUGUCGCUGAUGGGGGGCAGUGCGGUGCAGAGGAUCAGGCUGCUGGAUGAGGUGGAGAACCCCGGCUCGGCCAGCGGCAUGCUGGAGGAGGACCUGAUCCAGUACUACCAGUUCCUGGCAGAGAAGGGCGACGUGCAGGCCCAGGUGGGUCUCGGACAGCUGCACCUGCAUGGCGGACGCGGAGUGGAGCAGAAUCACGAGAGAGCCUAUGAGUACUUCAACCAGGCAGCAAACGCGGGGAACACCCACGCCAUGGCCUUCCUGGGGAAGAUGUACUCUGAGGGCAGCGAGGCUGUGCCCCAGAACAAUGAAACGGCACUGCAGUACUUCAAGAAGGCAGCCGACCUGGGAAAUCCAGUGGGCCAGAGCGGGCUGGGCAUGGCCUACCUGUACGGGCGGGGGGUGGCCGUGAAUUAUGACCUGGCGCUGAAGUACUUCCAGAAGGCGGCGGAGCAGGGCUGGGUGGACGGCCAGCUGCAGCUGGGCACAAUGUACUACAACGGCAUCGGGGUGAAGCGGGACCACAAGCAGGCGCUGAAGUACUUCAACCUGGCGUCCCAGGCGGGACACAUCCUGGCCUUCUACAACCUGGCCCAGAUGCACGCCACCGGAACCGGGGUCAUGCGCUCCUGCCACACGGCUGUGGAGCUGUUCAAGAACGUGUGUGAGCGCGGCCGGUGGUCGGAGCGGCUGAUGGCGGCCUACAGCAGCUUUAAGGAGGGCGACUCAAACUCUGCAGUGGUGCAGUACCUGCUGCUCGCCGAGCAGGGCUACGAGGUUGCCCAGAGCAAUGUGGCCUUCAUUCUGGACCAGACAGAAGAGUCGAACAUCUUCAGUGAAAAUGAGACGUACCCCCGAGCCCUGCUCCAUUGGACGCGGGCGGCCGCACAAGGGUACAUGGUGGCCCGGAUCAAGCUGGGUGACUACCAUUUCUAUGGCUACGGCACAGACGUGGACUACGAGACGGCAGUGAUCCACUACAGACUGGCGUCGGAACAGCAGCACAGCGCACAGGCCAUGUUUAAUCUGGGCUACAUGCACGAGAAGGGCCUGGGCAUCAAACAGGACAUCCACCUGGCGAAGCGUUUCUAUGACAUGGCGGCUGAGGCCAGCCCCGAUGCCCAGGUGCCGGUGUUCCUGGCGCUGUGUAAACUCGGCCUGAUGUACUCUCUGCAGUACCUGCACGACCUCAAUGUGAUGGAGCUCCUGUCCCAGGUGGACCUGGACCAGCUGCUGGGCCCGGAGUGGGACCUCUACCUCAUGACCGUCAUCGCCCUGCUACUGGGCACAGUCAUCGCCUACCGCCAGAGGCAGCACCAGGCCAUCUUCCGGCCCCCGCCGCCCCAGAGGCCGGCCCCUGAGCAGGCGGAGCCCCAGCCUGAGCAGCAGUGAUUGGAGGGCCCUCCCCCCA